CUGGUAUUGAUUUGAAGAAAAGUCCAUUGCUAUCCGCCAUGUUUUUGUGAGAUAUUGUGAUGUUGGUUCGUGGAAAGUGGCCGUAGUGUGAUGUGUGGCUGUCUGUGACGAUGACAAGGUCGCGAAUGGAAACUUCGGGGUGCUAGCUAAAUGAUUUUGAGGGUCCAAAUGGCGGGCUACGAGUUCUAUGACGCGGUUCUUAACAACGAACUGACAACGCUUAAGAGAAUCGUAGCGCAGUAUAAGAAUGAUUUAAACGCCAAGUUUGUUGAGGUUCGUAAGAAGAACCAUGCAGACCUGUGCCCGAUACACUUGGCGGCAUACAGGGGGUACACGUACAUGCUACAGUACUUGAUCGAGUCGAAAUGUGACGUGAAUAAAACAACAUCGACGUUACGUCGAACGGCGCUGCAUUUCGCGGUGUUGCGACACAAGAUGGCUUGUAUGUUGUUGUUGAUCGCCGCUGGGGCCAAACUAGAUAUUAAGGAUACAUUCGGUAACUCUCCCUGCCACUACGCUGCCGACGAUGGCUACUGUCAGUUCCUGGACGUCCUUAUACGACGCGGGGUAAACGUUGACAUUCAGGACAUUACGUCGAAGACGCCACUCAUGAAAGCGGUACGCAACAACAAAACUGACGCUGUGCUCCGGCUUUUGAGAGGAAACUGUAACAUUAAUAUCACAGACCGGAACAGCGACAUGGCGCUUCACUAUGCGGCUCGGAACGGGUGUGCUGAUAUCAUUGACAUUCUCAUAGCGUCACAUAGCCAAGUUGACGUUCAGAACUACUGGGGCCGGACCCCACUAAUGGAGGCGGUGUGCUACAACCACAAAGAGGCUGUUGCCCGUCUCAUUCGCGCCAAGUGCGAUCUGAACCGUCGUGAGUUUAAAACCGGGGACACAGCCCUGCAUAUAGCCAUAAAGCGGAACUACACCGCGGUUGUGGAGCUACUCCUCGCGGCUGGCACGCGUCACGAUAUUUACAACCAUCAGGGGGAAACAGCCGCUUACGAGGCGGUUAUUAGCAACAAACUGGAUGUGAUAAAACUCAUGGUAAUUCACAAUUGUGACUUGGAGCAGCCAAUUAAAUACUUCUGUACCGGGGUUUACAAGUCACUAUUUCAGCUAGCAGCCGAAAAGGGCCACUUUGAUAUUUGUCGUCUGCUAGCUACAUACGGGUAUGUUGACUUUUCGGCGCGCGUUCAUUUUUACGCCGGGUAUGUCCCGACGCGCGUCGGGAGUGAACAAGACGAGGUCCUUCAUUGGCUCCGUCGGAAAAUGCAAACAGCGCCAUCUUUGCAGCAACUUUGUCGGAAGGUAAUCCGGCGACGGAUAGGCCACAACUUGUUGACAAAAAUAGAAGUUGUAAACAUGCCAAAGGCUUUGAAGGAAUACGUGCUUAUUUCUGAUUUUAACGAAACCAGUGACCAUUUACUGAACAUGGGUAUGUGUUGAGAAGCAUGAAAGGGACGUAACAAAGGCAGAUAUAUGAAACAAUUAUAUUGAUUGUCUCCCUUGUAUGAUUUUUAUGUUGACGAUACGGUGUAAAUGAUUUUUUUACCCGAUAUGAGCUAUUUCGUGGAUGUUUGUUUAGGUCCGGAAGCUUCAUUGCAUUAUAUUUCGUGAAACUUUUUCAGGGUAUAUGUAUCAAAAAGUUUUCAUAGAUAGUUAAAGUGAUAGCUCUAUACCAGAGUCCAUGAUAACGAACAGUUCAAGUGGCAAAACUGCAAAUCUUCAGUUCAUUGUAACUGUUUUCUAUUUUAGUUUUGAUGUUGAAAUUUGUUGAAUUUGAUUACUAUUCGAAUUUGUUCAGUUAUUCGCAUUUAUUUUUGUAAAAACAAAAUUGAAAUGAAAAUAAUGUGGAUUCUUUGUAAUAUAAUAACAGCGCUUUUCUGAGUCCAAGUCUCGCUUUUCUGAGUCCAAGUCUCGCUUUUCUGAGUCCAAGUCUCGACUUGACUUGAGUCUGUUCCUUAUCAUGGUCCAAUGCCAUCAUUAAUCCUUGCUUAGGCUAUUCUUUAAAAAUUGUUUGUUUACAGUGGCCAAACUUAAUUUUUUAUAGCGAGAAGAAAAGAUGCCAAUCAAAUUUUACUUUAGUUUAUCCAGUGGACAGAUUUUGUUUUUGUUUACAUCAUGGAAUUUGGGUGGAAAUUUACUUCAUAUGAAGUUUAAAAAAAUCAUUUUAACUACUUACACUUUAAAAUGUGGUACAAGGAAAUGCCAUAUAAUCUAUUAAUUGGGGACUGAGUGACUUGAAAUUAAGCAAGAAAACAAUAUUUAGGGUUUUAGUCUGGCUUUAAAAAAGAAAUGGUGCUGCAUAAAUAUUAUUUAAAGAUUAAAUAUUCUACAAUUUACAUUUUGCCUUUUUCGUCACCGUGUGUCAAUGAGUCGGUCGGUUCACUGCAAACAAAGAUUUUUUAAGUAUAGCCUUAUACACAUACACAUGUUCACUUGUAUCGAAAAUAUUGUUGGACGUUGUUUUCUAUUCCAUGUUAAAUGUAUGAUAAUCUGAGAUGUUGAUUGUGAUUAUCUGUCACGAAUGUUGUUAUACGUCAGCUACAAAUUGUUACUCGUUAUAAAUAUUAGGUAAUACAGGAUUCGUAUUGAUAUUAUGUAGUUUGUUAAGGAUCAAUAGAAACUAAUUUUGUUGUAUUAAAUUAUCUUGAAUAAAAUGAAAAAAAUAGA